AUGUCUCGUCAAAGUGAGACUAUUGCCAUCGUUGGCGCUGGAGUCAUUGGACUAUCAACGGCACUCCGAGUCCAAGAACGCAUUCUCUGCCAGGACAACCCACCAUCCAUCGUAAUCAUCGCACGAGACUUUCCCAACGAGACAUCUAUCAACUACGCUACACCGUGGGCCGGCGCUCACUAUCGACCGUGUCCAGGCAACAGCCCUCAGCUACUUCAAGAGGCAAUAUGGGCCAAGAAAACAUAUGACACUCUUGAUAGUUGGUCAGAGAAAGACAAACUCAUUGCCGGUGUCGAAUUCAUGCCUGGAGAAGAGGUAUUUGAAAGCCCUGCGCCUGAAUAUCUAGGGGUUGCGAAGGAUGUGUCCCAGUCGGUAUACAAUCACCUUAAGUCAAGCUUCAAACUAUUCAGCAGCAGCGAAUUAGGUGUCAUGGGGGACUCACUGAAACUUGGUUUUUGUUAUCGAGCCUACUCACUAAACAGUCCUGUCUAUGUUUCAUUUUUACUGCGCAGACUUCAGAACAGGGGAGCUCGUGUAAGACAGUACACACUUACAUCACUGGAAGAGGUCUUCUCGAUUGAAGACUCUGUAUCUGUUGUAAUCAACUGCUCAGGGGUAGGUUUCGGCGACGCCAAGGUUUUUCCCAUUCGUGGCCAGACGUGUCUUGUGCGUAACCCAGUCUCCAAGACUAUAACACGCCAGAACUCAGAUGGUACUUGGUCAUUCGCUAUCCCGCGACCUCUAGAAGGCGGCACCAUCAUUGGAGGCACCAAAGAGCCUCACAAUUGGGACCCGUAUCCUUCAUCUGAGACACGAAAGACUCUACUAUCCAAUGCAGCCAAAUGGUUCCCAUUUGACUCUGAAAAUCCUGUGUCUACUGUUACUCAAACGUCAGAUCGUUUCGAUGUCAUCAGAGACAUUGUUGGUCGUCGACCAGCUCGUGAAGGAGGUCUUCGCCUAGAGAUGGAACAGUUAAAAUUGGGCACAGUUGUUCAUGCGUAUGGUGUUGGCGGUAGAGGUUUUGAGCUAUCGUGGGGCAUAGCAGAUGAGGUUGUUACCUUGCUUGAUAAACACGGCCAUCUCUCGCCACGAGCGCGUUUGUAA